AUGUGGAACCUUAUUUCAAUUAAUCCUAUCUGUUAAAGAAAGAAAAUAGUAAAUGAUUAAGAAAAACUAUUAUCUAAAAUAACAAAUACUAAAAGUAGAAUAGAUACAUCUGCUCCUUGGAAACCAUCUCAUUCACUUUCAAAAUGGAAUAAUAAAUAUUCUCAUGGUAUCAAUUUCAUUCUAUUUAACUUUAGCUGAAGAAAACAAGAUAGCUUAUGAAAAUAAUAUAAUGUUAAAUAAGAUGGUUAAUAUUUAAAAAUAAGGAAAUAAAAGUAUUAUUUCUAUGCCUCAUUUACCAAAAUCUUAAUAGAUAACAAAAAGAAUUCAAAGAGAAAAACUAUAAUAAGAAAAUUUAGUAUUAUUUAAUAAUAUUGAAGUAACUAUUGGAUAGAUUAUAGAGUGCUUAAGCUACAUACAAUAAAUAGUUUUGGGUACCUGAUGAUUAGAAAAAUCAAGUUUAUAAAUAAUUGCAUAGACCAAGUGAUUUAUAUAUAUAUAUAUUAGAAAUACAGCAGCAUGAUUACAAUGAAUUAGCAAGAAAGCAAUUAGGAUCAAGAUCAGCUGCAAGAUUUAAUGAAAUACCAGAUUCAUGA